AAACAUUUCGAAGAUUCAGUAUCCUGAAAGGUGUCAUCUCUUUUCCAGUCCUGAGAGUUCCAGUUUGUCUUAACAUCUCAAGGCAUCAGACACCUUCAGUCCCUCCAGGAUCUGUCCCAGCACAGGAAUGUUCUCAAUAUUGGUCACCGUGGGCUUUCUCUGCACGGCCACUGCCAGUGCUGAAGUAAUGGAAGUGACUCAGCCAGCAAUGGUGUUGGCCAACAGGCAAGGAGUUGCCAGCUUGACGUGUAAAUACAAGCACAUCGGGAACGCAAAGGAAAUUCGAGCGACGCUGCUCAAACAGACGGGGGACGGGUUCACUGAAAUUUGUGCUUCAACCUACACCUCGGAGUUCCAAACGUUCCGUGUGGAAGCGGUCAUUCAGUGCCGCGUCAGCCCUGGCCGAAACAAUGUGACCCUCACCCUCGUGGGCCUGCAGGCCAAUGACACCGGUCUGUACGUCUGCAAGAUGGAGAGGAUGUACCCCCCUCCCUAUUUCAUGAACAUGGGAAAUGGGACACAUCUCUAUGUCACUGAUCCAGAACCUUGUCCAGACACUGCCAUAUAUCUCUGGGUAUUAGGAGCUACUGCCUCAGGAUUUUUUCUUUACAGUAUCAUCAUCUCAGCUGUUCUUGUGGGCAAAGCGAUAAAGAGAAGACGAUGUCUUACUACUGGAGUCUACGUGAAAAUGCCUUCUGAAAAGCUAGAGAAAAAAGUGAUUCCAUUCCACAUCACUGGUAACUGUAACAAGGAAGGAGAGAAACCAUUUCCUAGCUGGGAUGGAGAGUCUGCUAAUUCGCUUAAGUUAAAGAAAUAAAAUUAAUUGUCUUAUUACAAAGGUGUACGGGAAGGAGAGAGAAUAUUCCCUGUAACGUCAGUGGUUUGGAGGAGAAUAAUUAUUGUAUGCA